AUGUACUGCGUUCGAUGGGUCAAUUUGCUGAGAGUACCUCUCGUUCGAAGUGUGCAGAAUGCACCAAACCCACCUCUCAACCUCGACCCGUCAUACGAAGAGCUGCUCGCGACAGAUUUGUCAACGCUGCGACGGCGAAAAUUUCCAAAGCGCGUGAUUCCGGAGUUAGAACAUUCGCCGUUGCCACAUCCGAAUGACGAGGCGCACAUGGAUCUCGAUGGCAAGGCAUUGGAGGCAGAGGAGGACGAGGAUAUUGAGUACGAGGGAAGGGAGGAGCGCAGGAGUAUCGCCGCUGUCUACGGAAGCAAGAGGAUCGGUGCUGUGGAAAUGCCAUUUCAGCUAGUGAGCCAGAUAUCUAUGAUGAUUUCGGGCCUCGAUAAACAUGCCCUUCGUUCGGAUGCGAAGCGACUCUACUUUCACCCCUCGAACAACCGGUGGCACGCAACGCCUCUGUCAGCGACAAAGACACGACAGGGUGAUAGAGAUGCAAGAAAUGGGAUCGCCCAUAUAUCGGUUGGGCUGCCGGCACAGUACUCAGUGGUAGAGAACGUGCUGAAGGAAGUACGGCACCGCAUCGGCCCAAGGGAGGAGCUUGGUCUGGAAGGAUGGAUGCCUACUCAAGUGGUAGACUUCAGCGCCGGCGUCGGUGCCGCUCUUUGGGCCUCCCUGAAAGUCUUUCAAGGAAAAGACGCACCGGACGACAGCGAAGCAUCCCUCCCGCAUAGCACACUGAAAAAAUACAUCGCGGUAAACCCAAAUGAAGGUUGGAGAAAGUUAGCGGAAGAGCUGCAAAAUGGCGAGUCUACUUUAGACAUCCAUGUUGGUGAAACAGAGGUUACAUAUUUGGAAAAGUUGCAACAAGAUACUGUGCAUCCCGACACUUUACCCAACACCCUUGCCAUUUCUGCAUUCACCCUGUCCCAGAUGACAUCGGAAAACAACCGGCGCGCAUUCAUCAAGGCGUUUUGGGCUACGGGUGCCGAGGUUAUGGUGCUUAUCGACCGUGGCACCAAAGAAGGAUUCACACAUAUUGCCAAUGCUAGGCGGCGACUGUUGCGCUACGGAAAGCAUGAAGCUUUGGUGGCCGAGUUUGGGGCAGAUGUAUAUCCUUCUGAGCCUCUAGAGGCAAUCACUAUCGGCGGCUCUACGUUCGUUGAAGAAGUCCCUAAUCGGCUGCCACCGGGCGUGAAGCUAGAUGACAUACCCGGUCUUGCCCACGUUGUCGCGCCUUGCCCGCAUGAUGGUCCUUGUCCGCUACACGAAGCCUUGUUGGAAGGUGGUAAAGACUUCUGCCACUUUUCACAGAGGCUACAGCGGCCCGAGUUUGUUCGUCUCACCAAGCACUCUAAUUAUGGAGAAGAAGACACGCCUUACAGCUAUGUGGUUAUUCGGCGCGGCCGGAGACCUACAUUGGACGCUGAUAGCGAGAGGCGAGGAACAGGCCGACUGGGAGGCGUAGGGAAAGAGAUGGUACUUCACGAACGGGCGAAGCGGGCUGAAGAAGCCACUGUCUUCCACGAAGGGGACGAGCUCGUAAUUGGCAUGCCCCAAGAGGAGGAAGCGAUGUCGAGAAUCAUGCAUGCCGACCACGAAGCGAUCCGGAUCGAAUCGUAUGAGUGGCCCCGAAUUGUCUACCCCCCGCUGAAGAGGAGCGGGCACAUUGUCUUCGAUAUGUGCACCCAGAGUGGCAACAUCGAGCGGCACACUAUCCCGAAAAGUCAAGGGAAGCAGCCGUACUAUGAUGCGCGGAAGGCUAUGUGGGGUGAUGCCUUCCCGCAUCAUCCCAAAAUUCCUCCCAUCGUCCGGGAAAGGGGGAUAAAGAGACUCAUCAGAAUGCGCAAAGAGGAGAGGGAGAACCGGCGUAUUGAACGAGAGCAGCAGAAACAGUGGAAAAAUGAGCAAAGAAAGGCAGCCUUAUGA